GAAAAGAGGGUCUCAUUUUUCCUUUGGGACUGUAGAGACAGGUUGAAAUCCCACCCAUCCUAAUAUAUAAACACUUUGGAACUAACCAGUGCUCACUCCUGUGUCUAAUGGCAGACAAUGACACGACGGACCCCCCUCCACCAUACUACUCUGGAGCAGUGGACCCACAGACGCCUCCAAUGACUUACGAGGAGGUGAUUAUUCAGGACAGAUAUGGGGUCACACAGAAACCUGUGCCUUACUAUGUUCCAAAGGAUCCAGAUCAUGUAGCAGCCGUCAUCGUCACACAGCGUGUUGUUGCUCCUCCUAAGAGCCAGAAGUCUUCUGGAUGCAGUGCUAAGUGUUGGGUUGGAUGGAUAGGUGCACUGGUGGUGUUUGCUUUAAUUGGACUGGCCAUCUGGCUUGGAGUGCAUUAUGCAUCCGAGUUGUAUUAUGAGAGUGUUUGUAAGGGAAACGAUUGCAAUGCACAAGGACAGCAUGAGAUGGAUGAUGGCCUGAUUGUUACCUGCUCCAACUCCUCCAUACAGUGCGACGGCAUCCAAGACUGUCAAAAGGCCGUCGAUGAGACAAACUGUGUGAGAUUCGGUGAAGGUGGAGUGUUGCAGGUCAGAACAUUUUCUGUUAAGGAUGGUGGAUUCCUUCCAGUGUGUAAUCAGGGAUUGGAUAAGAGUUAUGCUGACCAGAUCUGUGAACAACUGGGCUUUAGAAGGUCUUAUGCAUCAAAUCCAGUUGAUAGCAAGACAUCCGUAGCCCUUACGGUAGGACCUAGAUCAGCCAAACUUAUACAGGGUCUGGUCAAUGUCAGUUCGGGCUGUCAGGGUGGAAAAGCAGUCUCACUUGAAUGCACAGACUGUGGCAAGCCGCAGAGUGCCUCCAGGAUCAUAGGGGGCAGUGCCUCUCAGCUUGGCCAGUGGCCUUGGCAGGUUAGCCUGCAUUACAGCGGAAGUCAUGUUUGUGGUGGAACACUGGUCUCUCCAGACUUUGUUGUGUCAGCCGCCCAUUGCUUCAAAGGCUCAAUGAAGAAUUCUGUUAACUGGCGUGUCUAUGCUGGUAUUAUUUCCCAGAGUGCCCUUCAGACCCCCUACCUUCUGAAGAAGAUUAUAGUGAAUGAGAACUAUAGCAACAAUGAUAAUGACGUUGCCUUGCUGAAACUCAGCAGUCCUGUGACCUUCUCCAGCUCUGUGAUGCCAGUUUGCUUUCCUACAUUUGACCAAAUAUUUUCAGGUGAAUCAGAUUGCUGGACAUCUGGCUUUGGGACAACACAAGAGGGAGCAGACCAUGCCUCUACAAGCCUCAUGGAAGUGAAAGUGAAUAUCAUCGACACGCAUCUGUGUAACAGCAAUGGCGUAUACGGUGGGGCCAUCACCAAAAAUAUGAUGUGUGCUGGUGAUAUUAAUGGGGGCCGCGAUUCCUGUCAGGGGGACAGUGGAGGUCCGCUGGUGUGCAAGGGAGGUAAUAACCACUGGUAUCUGGCUGGAAUUACGAGUUGGGGAGCAGGAUGUGGACGAAGACAAAAACCAGGAGUAUAUAGCAGAGUGACCAGCCUUCUGCCCUGGAUCUACAGCAAGAUGCAGCAAGAGAAGCCCUGAUGGCUCUCUUCUGUACGAGGUGCCCAUUGCUGAAGACUUAAAUAACGACAGUGGACAAAGGACAAAAGAUGUAGGACAGAGCAAUGCACUUUGAGAUGGGACAAUGUUGCAAUAUUGUACACAACUGGACAAAGGAAAACAGACUUUCAGAAAUAAAAUAAUAAAACAACGCAACCUGGGAAA